AUGAAGUGGGGGCUGGUGCUCAGUGCAGUUAUCGUCACUGGUUUUCUCUUGGAGUUUGGACUCUGUCAGAAGAAGGACAGAGACACCGGGGAGGUGACAGAGAAGAACACCAAAGCAAAGCCUAAGGCGGAGAAGAGCAUGGCGAAGAAGAUCAAAACCUCACCUCCUAAACCGAAAGUCAGAGCCUCCCCGGAGCCCCCUCCCCCUGCUGCUCAGGCCUCCCUCACGCAGGUGCUGGACAAGGGCAAGUUCCACAAGGUGGGGGACACCCUGAGCGUCCCAGCGGGAAACACCCUGGAGCUGAGGUGUAAGGGCAAGCCCGUGCAGUGGGCCGUCCCGUACUACCUGGAGGAGGAGGAUGAGGGCCGGCUUAGGAUGGUCCAGCAUGACCGGUAUGGCUCUCUGAUCCUGGCCAACUCCACAGGGGCUGACACAGGGGAGUACACCUGCUACCCGAUGUACUGCGAGGACAAGGACUGCCGCAAGGAGUAUGACCGUGCGAUCAAGGUGUUCGUUUUCUUUCCUGACCCCCAGGAGCUGUUCGUACCUUCGGAUGACUACUAUGAGGUCGUACAGCUACGUACCAACAGGCCAACCACCCUGCCCUGCCAGGUGACCUCCCCGCUGGCCACGGUGACCCUGCACAGGGAGUUCCCCCCGGAGGACAUGAGGGUGGACGGAACGGAGAUCUCCUUCGACAUGAAGCGGGGCUUCACCAUCCACCGGCCCCGUCCCCACCAUGCCGGCACCUUCUACUGCAUGGCCAGUCACGGGGGCCUGAGGCAGAGCUCCACCAAGUACAUCCUCAUCUACGUGAACUACCCCAUCGCCCCCCCAUCUCCUGUGAUUCAAGCUUCAGCCAGUUCGGUUCGCCUUGGUGAGAAUCUGCAGGUCACCUGCUCUGUGUUAGGAGAGGCUGAUGUUGUCAUCGAUUUCACCUGGGAAUACCCUGGACAAAAGAUCGGCAGGCCUCUCUACACCCAGGACAGCGUGCGUCCUGUGAGGGUCGGUGGCCAGGCCCGCCAGCAGUCCGAAACAGUUCUGCUGGUGGACGGGGUGAGGGAUGUGGAUGAGGGUACCUACACCUGCACCGCACACAACCUGGAGGGUGCCCGCUCCGUGUCCACCACCGUCAAGGUGCUGCCAGCCCACACCACCCCCCGACCCCGGAAACCCUGA